AUGGUGAGCAAGAUAUCAUAUUUGUUAGCAAUUCUGCUGGCAUGUUUUCUAAGGGUACAAGGAGCAGAUCUUCUUGAAAGGCCUUCCUACAUAGUUGCUUGCAACCGUUCCAUACCCUCAGUAGAACUAAACUCCUGUCUAGUUGGAGCUUUCAACCAUCUACAACCUUAUUUAGUCAAAGGAAUACCUGAAUUAAAUGUACCUGCCAUAGAACCUUUGUAUAUCCACGAAAUGAUUAUGGAAAAUGGAGCUGGAGCUGUCCGAGUAAAAGCACGAUUUUCUGACAUCAACGUCAAAGGACCAGGAAACUUCUCGGUGCGCGAAGUUAGAGCUGAUGUUAAAAAUUGGCGCAUUUCACUAGGAUUGACCAUUCCACGUGUGGAAGUCAGUGGCGUUUAUGAUGUGAAUGGAAAUAUUUUGCUCUUCCCUGUCAGAAGUCGUGGGGAAUUCUGGGCUGCUUUUUCUGAUAUCAACGCUGUCGCUAGGAUACAUGGCAAAGAAGUCGCUCGUGGAGGUGAAACUUUCAUGAACGUUGGUAAAUUAGUUCUUGACUUCACUGUGAAAGGUUCCAGAUUUAAAAUAAGAGAUACAACUAAUCAGGAAAAUAUCUUAGGUGAAGCUAUAAACCAGUUCCUGAACCAAAAUGGAGCCGAAAUUAUCAACGAAAUGAGACCAGCAGCAUCGCAAAGUAUAGGUAAAUUAUUCAGAACAUAUCUGGACAAUGCCUUCAGUAGGAUACCCGUAAGAUUGUGGCUUUUGGAGUAAUAAAUUAAGAUUUUAAUAAUAACAAAUUAAGGUAUGAAUAUUUAUUAGGCUUCGAUAGGCUUCUAGUAACUGUCUAAUGUUAAUAAAUUAGCGAAAAUAAUGGCCAAACAAAUGUACAAAAUAUUGGAAAUAUUUGAUAAAUUUUCU